AUGUUUGUGUUAUUCAUGUUAUUCACUACUCUGUUUGCAGCUAAUAUUGAUUACUCCAUUUGUCUAUCUGAUCCAACACAAACAGAGGUUAUAUUUACUAAAGUAGAUGGAGACCCAUGGCCUCCAGUAAUUGGAAGUAAGUUUAAAUUAAAUAUGGUUGGGGUAUUAGAUAGAUAUUGUGAAACAUUUAUUGCACGACCAGUUUUAAAAAUGCAUAAUGGGGAUGAAUGGACUCCUGUUCCAUUGGGAAAUAAAGAUUUGUGUGGAACAGUAGUUAGAUGUCCAGUUUUACCAGGACCAAUAUCUAUUAACUUUGAAAUGGAAAUUCCUAAUAUGAGUCCUCCAGGUACAUACAAGGGAGAAUUUACAUUUACUGAUGGUGACUAUAAUAUCACUUGUUUAGGAUUUAUGCUUGAUAUGAAAUAA